AUGUCUGACAAAUCUGAUACGGCCAAGAUUAAGAAAUUCAAUAAUUCAAAAUUGAAGAAGACAGAAGUGCAAGAGAAAAAUCCACUGCCUUCCAAAGAAAUGAUUGGACAGGAGAAGCAAGCAGGCGAAUCGUAAUGAGGCCCGCACCAUCAAUAUGCACUCUACAUUCCGCAAGCAUUUACUUCUUUUAGCUGUUUGAUUUUGUAAGAUGCAAAGAGAUUGGAUCAGUUUAAAAGGCUGUGCUGCCCCUUCUCACAUCAGAGAACUGCUGACUAUGAAGGCCACUCCUGCCUCUCCCAUCCGCCUGACUGGCUGGCUGGUAGG